AGUUGCGAGGUUCGCUUCCGGGCCGCCUCGGAGCGGUAGUAGCGGUAGAUUGGAGCGGGGCGGGCGGCCCUCGGAGGUGCCAUGUCCAUGUCUCACCUGUACGGCACGGACGGGGAGGAUGGCGUGGAGAUGGAGAGCUUCGAGGUGUCGGACUGGGACCUUCAGAACGAGUUCAACCCGCACCGGCAUCGGCACCGGCAGACCAAGGAGGAGGCCACUUACGGCGUGUGGGCCGAGCGAGACUCGGACGAGGAGCGGCCCAGCUUCGGCGGCAAGCGCUCUAGGGAUUACUCAGCCCCCGUGAACUUCAUCAGUGCAGGGCUGAAAAAGUCAGCAGCUGAGGAUGUGUCAGAUGAGGACUCUGAUGAAGAUGAGAAGCCAGUUAAACAGGAGGAGAUCCCUAAAGAAUUUGUGCCAAAGAAGUUGAAAACAGGUGGAAAUUUCAAGCCCAGUCAGAAAGGCUUUGUAGGGGGCACAAAAUCUUUCACGGAUUUUGGCAGCUGGGAGAGACACACUAAGGGAAUUGGGCAAAAACUUCUCCAGAAGAUGGGUUAUGUCCCUGGAAGAGGUCUUGGGAAGAAUGCUCAAGGUAUUAUUAAUCCAAUUGAGGCCAAGCAAAGAAAAGGCAAAGGAGCUGUGGGAGCAUAUGGCUCUGAAAGAACCAGCCAGUCUUUGCAAGACUUCCCUGUUGUUGACUCUGAAGAAGAAGCUGAGGAGGAAUUUCAAAAAGAACUCAGUCAGUGGCGGAAGGAUCCUAAUGGAGGCAAGAAAAAGCCCAAAUACAGCUAUAAGACAGUAGAAGAACUGAAAGCCAAGGGUAGGAUUAAUAAACAGCUUUCAACCCCUCAGAAGGAGCUCUCUCAAGUCAAGGUUAUAGAUAUGACGGGCCGGGAGCAAAAGGUUUAUUACAGCUACAGUCAAAUUAGCCACAAACACAAUAUCCCCGAUGACAAUCCUCAGCAGCUGCUGGGCAAGGACUCGAAGCCCCAGGGAUUUGCCCUGCCUGAGCUGGAGCACAACUUACAGCUUCUCAUCGACAUCACGGAGCAGGAGAUCAUCCAGAGCGACCGUCAGCUGCAGUAUGAGAGAGACAUGGUGGUCAACCUAAGCCAUGAGAUACAGAAGAUGUCUGAGAUUCUCUCGCACGAGGAGACGGCCAUCAGCAACCUCAGCAAAGUCCUGGACAUGGUGGAGGAGUGCGAGAGACGGAUGCAACCCAGCUGUGAAAAUCCUUUGACCUUGGAUGAGUGUGCCAAGAUCUUUGAGACGCUUCAAGACAAGUACUAUGAAGAGUACAGAAUGUCUGACAGGGUAGACUUGGCAGUAGCAAUAGUCUAUCCUCUCAUGAAAGAUUACUUCAAGAACUGGGAUCCCCUCAAGGACUGUACGUACGGCACUGAGAUUAUAGCCAAGUGGAAGAGCCUUUUGGAAAACGACCAGCUGUUAUCACACGGGGCCCAGGACCUUUCAACGGAUGCUUUUCACAGAUUGAUGUGGGAAAUCUGGAUGCCAUAUGUCAGAAACAUAGUGGCACAGUGGCAGCCAAGGAACUGUGGGUCAAUGGUGGAUUUCCUGGAUAGUUGGGUACACAUCAUUCCUGUGUGGAUACUGGAUAACAUUCUGGAUCAGCUCAUCUUCCCCAAGCUACAGAAAGAGGUUGAAAACUGGAAUCCUUUGACAGACACAGUCCCAAUCCAUUCCUGGAUCCACCCCUGGCUUCCCCUGAUGCAGGCACGAUUGGAGCCUCUUUAUUCUCCCAUCAGAAACAAGCUGGCGAACGCACUGCAGAAAUGGCAUCCCAGUGAUUCCUCAGCCAAACUUAUCCUUCAGCCCUGGAAGGAUGUGUUCACACCUGGGUCAUGGGAGGCUUUCAUGGUGAAGAACAUUGUGCCUAAACUCGGGAUGUGUUUGAAUGAACUUAUAAUAAACCCUCAUCAGCAGCACAUGGAUGCCUUCUACUGGGUGAUUGACUGGGAGGGAAUGAUUUCUGUUUCCAGUCUUGUUGGGCUGCUGGAGAAACACUUCUUCCCAAAAUGGCUGCAGGUGCUGUGCUCUUGGCUUAGUAAUAGCCCCAAUUACGAGGAGAUCACGAAGUGGUACUUGGGCUGGAAGUCCAUGUUCUCAGACCAAGUGUUGGCACAUCCAUCAAUCAAAGACAAAUUUAAUGAAGCUCUUGACAUCAUGAACCGGGCUGUCUCUUCCAGUGUUGGUGGCUACAUGCAGCCAGGUGCCCGGGAGAACAUUGCAUACCUCACUCACACGGAGAGGAGGAAAGACUUCCAGUACGAAGCCAUGCAGGAGCGACGAGAGGCUGAGAACAUGGCUCAGCGAGGCAUAGGAGUGGCUGCCAGCUCUGUGCCAAUGAAUUUUAAGGACCUAAUUCAGACAAAAGCAGAGGAACACAACAUUGUUUUCAUGCCUGUGAUCGGAAAGCGGCACGAAGGGAAGCAGUUAUACACGUUUGGACGGAUUGUGAUUUACAUUGACAGAGGUGUUGUAUUUGUACAGGGAGAAAAGACCUGGGUGCCAACCUCUCUCCAGAGUCUCAUUGAUAUGGCCAAGUGAGGCUCCUGCUUGGAACUGUGAAGGUGAUCUUGCUCAUAUUUUUAGUGUUACUGUCUUAGAAUAAAGACGUUGCAGAUUUGUAAA